AGGACGUGACAACCGUCACUAUGAAACCGAAAGAAGUAUAAACAAAAUCCAAUUUUCUAUAAAUAGAUUCUCUGUCUCCUCGCUUAGAAAGGUCUUAUGCAUAACAAGUGAGUACACAACACACGGGGAACAUGGCCACAACUGCACAAGAAGUAUAUCCAGAUAAAGAACCAUCUACAUCUACAUCGGAUAAAAAGGAAGACGAGCAGAAACAGCCACCUGACCAAUCUGACAUUGCCAGUGAACCAUGGCACGAACUGGACGUUUCCGAAUGGAAUGAAAAGGGUAUGGAACGGCUUCUAAAAGAGGUAGAAGGUUAUACUCCUAUAAAACAGAACGAUAUUCCCUCAGAGAAGAUUCCGAAUGUCAACUUUCUGCUGAUGGGACGAAUAUCCUCCGGGAAAUCCAGCUUUGUCAACACCGUGGACUCCGUUCUCAAAGGGAGGUUGUCAAUUAGAUCACGUGCCGGAUGUUCAGGCUCCAGCUUAACAAAAUCGCUCGAUAUUUACAAGCUGAAGACUUCUAAGCAGCAACCUUUAAACUUUCGCUUGUAUGAUUGUCGCGGAUUGGAAGAGGAACAAAGUCUCAACUCUCGGGAUGUUGAAGCCAUUCUGGAUGGGCAUGUGUUGCACGAUUACGUGUUUAACCAAAGUACACCCAUAACCAAAGACUGUAUUAAAUUCAGGAAAGAUCCAAAUAUGGCGGAUCGUGUACAUUGUGUGCUUUUUGUAAUUGAUGGUUCCAUUCCUCCCGAGAUAACAAUGUCUCAAAAUGUUGAGAAGCAAAUUAAAGAAUUCCAGGAAAUGAUGAACAGAAAAAAAAUUCCACAGCUGAUUCUCCUCACCAAAAUGGAUAUAUUGUCCACCAUCAAAGGCGAUGUAUCGAAAUUGAUUCGCAGUAAAAGCGUUCAGGAAAUGCGGGAAAAGGUCGCCAUGUCAUUGGGUUUGCCACCCUAUACCGUGCUUCCUAUGCAGAAUAUCGCAAAUUCUCGAACCGUCUCCACAGAUCUCAAGAUCUUGACUCUAUAUAACUUGUGUCAAGCCUUACAUGCUGCCGACGACUACCUUGAAAAUUUUGAGGAUGAAAUAAUGGCGGAUAUCUAUAAAGGAGCGCAAGUGAAAUCCAAUCGCGAUUAGUUCAGAAUUAUAUAUCAGAGCAAUAGAGAAAUACAUAAACUUCAUGGUUAAUUGUCCAGCUGCUACAAUUACUUCUGUUUAAAGAAGACCCUUAGAUCUGAUAGGGUACUUUGAUAUAAAAUAUGACAAUACACGUGUAAAAGAGUGGAUGUGUGAUGAAUGUGAAUUUUCAUGUAAUUAUCUGACAUGUUGACCUUUUUUUGAUAUUACAGUUUUUGAAGAAAAGAAGAUAAUUGAAAUAAGACAUCUUUUUAAAAAGUGAUAAAAAUAGUAGUACCUGUAGAUGUAGCUAGAUGGUAUAAGACGGAAACCCUGAUCUUCACACAAUUUUACCCAAGAGACGACAGAAUUUUAUAACUGAGUGCAUUAGUUAGUUAUGAAUAAGCGUAUGUACAUCGUCAUCAGUGGCGUUCCUUUCUUGUGGUUAGCCUAUCAUUCCUGAUACAUGCUACAGAUGUUUAAUAUUCUACCAUGAUUCCUAGUGAUACUACAAUACACCAAUAACUAAUUUGAUCGUACAAGCAGUAAGCAGUAGGAUUUAUUAUUCCUUAUUUAUCUAUUUUGUAUUGCUUAUAGGAGUUAUGAGAUUGAUCAAUGUUCGUUAUCGUCAUCUUUCAUGAUUUCUAAUAUUCGUCCAAAAUGAACAUCGGAUACUGAAUUCCAAUACAAAAUAAAUGAAAAUUAAGGUUUGUCUUAAUUUUUACUCUUGGUUGUUGCUCACUGCAAGGAUUUCUCCACCUUUCUGACACUGAAAUCACAAAGUGAAGAUAACGAAUAGUAGUUAAUCUCAUAUUCGACCACGGUUAUUGAAAACAUCAAAGGGAUGCCGCGGUCAUUAUUCUCGGUUUUAUACAUGUACUUUAAUACGUAAUAAAUGAUUAUAAGAACAUUGAUACACAUCCCACUUGCACUUUGUGUUUUGCUAAUACAGCAUAGGAGUCGAUAUCUGAUAAUUCAAUCUUAUAUUCAAUAAAAUUAAUAUAUAA